UUAUUUAACAGAACCUGCGAGGCGACCCAGCUGCAGUCAGCAGAACGGGACUAUCUAUGAACCAUCAGCAUUAUUCACGGUCUUUACUCACUCAUUAAUAAAUCGUAGGUAGCACUAUCAUGCCAUUCGUAGUAUUCGUCGCGGUGUCUUUCGCUCACGUCCUCUUCACGGUCGGCGUGGUGUGCAGGCCCCUGGCGGACGCGGGCCCCUACCUGGAGCACGGCUGGGGCCAGGUGGUCCGAGUGAGACACCUGUACGCCGCCCGCCGCGGCCUCCACCUGCUGAUCAGCGGGGAUGGGAGGGUGGGGGGCUCCACCGAGCAGACCCCCAACAGCCUCAUGGAGAUCCGUCCGGUGGACAGAGGAUGUGUCGCCAUAAAGGGAAUCGCUGCCGCUCACUUUCUCUGCAUCGUCAGUAAUGGGAGACUAUACUCAUCGCUGGUGUUCAUCAGGGACGACUGCACCUUCCGGGAGCAGAUCCUCCCAGACGGGUACAACGUCUACACCUCGGCCACGCACCACGCCGUGCUCAGCCUGGGGGGGCCCCGGGGCCCCGAGGGGGGCCCCGAGGGGGGCCUGCCCGCCCACGCCCAGUUCCUCCCCAUGGUGAGCUCCCUGGAGCCGGGGCCCGUGGGGGGGCCGGGGGCAGUGGGGGGGCCGGGGGCAGUGGGGGGGCCGGGAGGGCCGGAGCCCAGGAGCCGGCCCCCGGAGCUGGAGCCAGUGGACCACCUGGAGGCCCUGGGGGCCCUCCCCCAGCUCAUCCACAGCCCUAGCUUCCAGAGGAGGUGACCCCCGCCAGGAGGUGACCCCCCGCUAGGAGGUGACCCCCGCCUGGAGGUGACCCCCCGCUAGGAGGUGACCCCCGCCUGGAGGUGACCCCCGCCUGGAGGUGACCCCCGCUAGGAGGUGACCCCCGCCUGAAGGUGACCCCCGCUAGGAGGUGACCCCCCGCUAGGAGGUGACCCCCGCCAGGAGGUGACCCCCGCCUGGAGGUGACCCCCCGCUAGGAGGUGACCCCCGCCAGGAGGUGACCCCCGCUAGGAGGUGACCCCCCGCUAGGAGGUGACCCCCGCCAGGAGGUGACCCCCGCUAGGAGGUGACCCCCCGCUAGAAGGUGACCCCCGCUAGGAGGUGACCCCCGCCUGGAGGUGACCCCCGCCUGGAGGUGACCCCCGCUAGGAGGUGACCCCCGCCAGGAGGUGACCCCCCGCUAGGAGGUGACUCCCGCCAGGAGGUCCCAGGUGGGACGCCGUUCCCUGAUGUCGACAGGCCGCGGGGCGAGGGUCAGCCCGGCAGCAGCCACGGCUCUGGGCGGCGGACGUGCAGAACGGGCUCCCAGGGAUGGACGCCACGAUAUCAGCAGGGGUCAGGGGUCAGGGGUCAGGGGUCAGGGGUCAGGGAGAUGGACGCCUGGAGUGUAGCGCCACCUGCUGCCCUGAGUGUCUCCUGCCCCCCGGUCCAUCAGGGUCUACUGCCCCACAGUCUGUUAGGACCUACUGCCCCCCUACUGCCCCCCUACUGCCCUCCUACUGCCCCCCUACUGCCCCCCUACUGCCCCCCGGUCCGUUGAGAACCAGGGGCAGACGACCGGAGACCAGCGACGCCGUGGGGACGGACGGACGGACGGAGGCUACAGAGGUGUGUGUGUGUGUCGGUGCCACGGACAGACGGCCUGCUAGGCCCUCUGCGACUCUACCUGUGAUUAAGGGCUACACGAAUACAAUUGACGUGAAUUGAAUUAGUUUAUACGAAACGUAACCCAAAUAGCGUUGUUGCGCUGUUGUGUUUAUUUAAAUCUAUGUUUACGAUGUAAAUGAUUGCGUAAUUGUGUCUGGGAGACUGUUUGUUUUCAGAUAAACAUUAAUGUGUCCCAGCACAUUUGUAUUUUAUUAUUCGCCUAAGAUAUGAUAUGCAUAAUAUGUUAAUAAUACUAUAUAAUACAUGUUAUGUAGGCUUUGUAUUAGUAUUUAUUUUGAUAUAAAUGUGUUUGUUAUACAGAUGCAUGUGCAUUCAUAUCAAUGAAUAUGGACCGAGUUGCACUCAUUGUAGCCAAAGUGCAAGUUGUGUAACAAAUAUAUAAAAGACAACCAACGCCUC